ACAGGGAGUACGGUGGCCGGAAAGGCUAAGGACAGAAGCGUGAGAGAUAUGGCUGCGCGGCUCGGGAAGCGAGGUGCAGGAGGAGAUGAUGAGUCGCCUCCUUUGUAUGCCGUGCUAAUAGCGGACAGCUUCAACAAGAGGUUUUAUCCGAUUACUAAGGACCGGCCACGGGCUCUUUUACCACUUGCAAAUGUGGCGUUAAUAGAUUAUACACUGGAAUUUCUUACUGCCACUGGCGUUAAAGAAACAUUUGUUUUUUGCUGCUGGAUGGCAAAUGAGAUUAAAGAACAUUUAAGGAACUCCAAAUGGUGUCGACCUACCCACUCCAAUGUGGUGCAUGUAGUGACCUCUGAACUUUACCGCUCACUUGGAGAUGUCCUCAGAGACGUGGACGCGAAGUCUUUAGUCCGAUCAGACUUUCUGUUGGUCACUGGGGAUGUGGUAUCUAAUAUAAAUAUUGAAGCAGCUUUGGAGGAGCACAGGACUCGUCGGAAAUUGGAGAAAAAUGUUUCAGUAAUGACCAUGAUCCUCAAAGAGUCCUCCCCGGGUCACCGCACAAGGUGUCAGGAGGAUGAUGUUAUCAUUGCUAUGGAUAGCAAGACGAAACGAGUUCUACAUUACCAAAAAAGCCAGGAGUUGAAGCGAUACCACUUUCCAAAAAGUAUCUUCCAGAGCAAAGCAGAUGAAAUAGAGCUGCGCCAUGAUUUGUUAGACUGUCAUAUUAGCAUUUGUUCCCCUCAGGUAGCAGAGCUGUUUACAGAUAACUUUGACUACCAAACAAGGGAUGACUUCGUUCGCGGCAUCCUUAUUAAUGAAGAGAUUUUGGGGAAUCAGAUCCAUCUUCACGUGACUCAGGAAGAGUAUGGUGCUCGUGUUUCCAACCUGUCCAUGUAUGAAGCUGUAACUUCAGAUAUUCUUUGUCGCUGGCUCUACCCUAUAACUCCUGAAAUGAACUUCACUGACCAAGAGACACAGAAUUACACUCACUCCCGUCACAAUAUUUACAGAGGGUCAGAGGUCAGCCGUGGCCAUGACAGCAUUCUGCACGAGAAUAUUUUGAUCGGCAGUGGCACAACAAUUGGGGCCAAGUGUAACAUAACAAAUGCCAGCAUUGGAAGAAAUUGCAGAAUCGGUGAUGGAGUCAUUCUGGAUAAUGUGUACAUUUGGGAUGAUGUUCACAUUGAAGAUGAUGUCACAGUUAAAAAAUCCAUUAUUUGCAAUAAUGUUAUUGUGAAGAAAAGCGUGGAGAUUAAUCCACACUGUGUCCUGACUUCAAAGGUCAUUGUUGGCCCUAAAUUUAGUCUGCCAAAGAACACAGUCAUUUCACUACAUCAUCCAGAUGAGGAUGAAGACGAUGAUGAUGAAUUUAGUGAUGACUCAGCCACUGGUAAAGAGAAGGACAAGUUAAAAGUCAAAGUUUACAACAAGGAGGAAGUUGGAUUAGAAGGAGAAGGCUAUGUGUGGAAAUCUUCAGAUAUGCCAGAUGACAUGGACGAGGAGGAGGCAUUGCAGAGAAGUCUGUGGGGCCUCACCAUUAUCAAUGAAGAGGACACUGACAGUGAAAGUGGAAAAAGUACAACUUCAGAGCAAAUGGACAGUCGGCCAUCUUCACCUCUUCUAGAUGACAUUAAAGUUUUUCAGAAUGAGGUUUUGGGAACACUACAGAGGGGUGUAGAGGAGAACAUCUCAUGUGAAAAUCUCCUUCUAGAAAUCAACUCUCUCAAACACGCCUACAACAUCUCUCUUGUGGAAGUCAUGCAAGUUUUAUGCAAGGUGGUUUUAGAGUUCCCUUUGCAGCAGUUGAAUGGAGUGCUUGAUGUCAAUCCUUACUGCAGUACUUUGCUACCUCUUUUGAAGAAAUGGACUCCACUUUUCAAGAACUACAUAAAGCGUGCUUCAGAUCACUUGUGCUGUCUUGUAGCUAUGGAAGAAUUCUUUCUGGACCACGAGUCCCUUUGGGCAGCAAUUGCAAAGGUUCUAAUGGGAUUUUACCAGCAAGAUGUGCUAGCAGAAGAGAUGAUUCUCCGCUGGUUUUCACAAACAGACAUAACAGACAAGGGAAGGCAGCUGCGUAAAAAGCAAGCACUGCAGAAGUUUAUACAGUGGUUGGAAGAAGCUGAGGAGGAAUCAGAUGAUGAGUAAUCAGAUGAUAGUGGUAU